CAACCAAUGGUGUAGGAGAGCAGGGGUGGCCGUGAAUCCUCUUCACUCGCUCUCUCCGCAUCCUUCCGAUUCAGCAGCCGCACGGUGAGAGCCAUGAAAUUCUCAGGUAUCCAGUCCCUAUUCUUCAGUGCACUUUGGAUGGUGGUGUCCACGGCAACCAGCAGAGACUUUUACAGCCGUAAUGACAUAAGACAGUCUCUAAGAUUGGGUGAUUCUUGCCGCACGUCCAGCGAGUGUUCCGACACCAUACAGUACAGCCACUGCGACAGUCGGAGAGGCGUGUGCACCUGCCUGCCUUACCAUUUCAAGGCCAAUAACUCCGCUUGCUUGCGAGCGAGUCUCCUGGGUUACAGUUGCGAGGUAGACGGCCAAUGCCAAGUGAAAGUAGCCAACAGUAGGUGCUCCGAAAACAAAGUGUGCCAAUGCAAAGAGAACUUCCUUCCCCUCAGGAUGGACAAGUGCCUUCCUCCUGCACCCGUCGGCCAGUACUGCGUCAAUCAAGAACACUGUGAGAUGUCAGAUCCCAACAGUCGCUGCCAGUUCAUCGUGCCUGGUAUCUACGGCAAGUGUGAAUGCCCGCUGGGAACAGAUCCCAAUGGAAAGUGUGCACCAGGUUUGAGUGGAAGAUGCCAUGAAGAUUCCGAGUGUCAGCUUGUAACUCCGCUCUCUGUGUGUCGGGAGGGAGAAUGCCAGUGCCUUCACGGACGACAAGGGGAAAUCUGCACAGAGGCCACUUUUUCAGAGAUCUCUUCAAAGCCAGUGUCCCUCGGGAAACCGUGCUUGUCCCACACCCAGUGCGAAGCGAGAGAUCCAAACAGCAGAUGCAUCCGAGAAACGUGCGAGUGCAUGAUCGACACACCGAAAUGCAGCUCAAGAAAUACACAGUGCCUGAAUGACACCUUCCAGUGCACGAGUGGACAGUGCAUCUCGUGGUAUUUCGUGUGCGAUGGGGAGAAGAAUUGCUUGGACGGUACAGAUGAAGAGAACUGCACGCCUUUCGCCUGUCCUUCUGAAUCGUUCCAAUGUAACGAUGGCACUUGCUUGUCCCGGUCUGCUGUGUGCAAUGGACGAUGGGAGUGCCCGGAUGGAAGCGACGAAGCCAGAUGUUAUACUGGUAUUCCUUGUGAUGCCCAUUCCUUCCGCUGCGCCAGUGGGCAGUGUGUCCCUGCCUAUGCCUUUUGCAACGCCGUUGUCGACUGCCUCGAUGGAUCGGACGAGGAUUUCGCAGUCUGCGAGAGAGGUGAAGAAUGUCCCAAAGAGAGCUUCCAAUGCGGCAAUGGUCGGUGCAGGUCCACCGCCAUUUUGUGCAGCGGACUUGACGGGUGCGGGGACAACACGGACGAGGACAGGUGUAACGUCUGCCGUUGUGAAGCACCCGAAUAACGUUCCUAACCGGAUUCCUACUCAUUGUCACCAACGCAACAAACGAAACAUCAUCACAAACUUGCAUUCAUCACUUCCAUUAUUUAUUUCAUUGCUAUUUUGCCGCCACAGGGAAAAAGUUCCUCUGAAUCUGGGGAAGAGAUCAUUUCUUUCAGAAUAAAAUGGAUUACUCUGUA